AUGGGCCUGCUAGACGAUUUCGACGACCGACAACUCCAUAUCGACGCCGAGCAGGAACAGUACCACCCCUUUGAGUACCAGACCGAGAACAAUGACUCGUGGGCUGGUGCCUUGCCGGUGAAGCAGGGUCUCUAUGACCCGUCCUUGGAAAAGGAUGCCUGCGGUGUCGGUUUUGCCUGCCACAUCAAGGGCAAGGCGAGCCACAAGAUUGUCAGCGAUGCACGCAACUUGCUCUGCAACAUGACCCAUCGCGGUGCCGUCGGUUCCGACGCCAGAGACGGCGACGGCGCCGGCGUCAUGACGUCGAUCCCCCACCGCUUCUUCAUCAAAAACUUUGAAAAAGAGCAGAACAUCCAGCUCCCGCCCCAGGGCCAGUACGCCGUCGGCAACCUCUUCUUCAAGCCCGACGAGGAGACGUUUGCCGAGUCCAAGCGGCAGCUGGAAGACGUCGCCGCGUCCCUGGGCCUGCGCGUGCUCGGCUGGCGCCGCCCGCCCGUCGACUCGACGCUGCUCGGCCCCGCGGCCAAGUCGCGCGAGCCCAUCAUCGCCCAGCCGUUUGUCGUGCUGACGUCGGCCUACGGCGAGGGCGACGCGCCUGUGAGCACGGACCCGGCAGCCGCGUUUGACGAGCGCCGCUUCGAGCGCCAGCUGUUUAUCCUGCGCAAACGCGCCACCCACACCAUUGGCCUGCACAACUGGUUCUACAUCUCGUCCCUGUCCAACAAGAACAUUGUGUACAAGGGCCAGCUCGCCCCCGUCCAGGUCUACUCGUACUACCACGACCUCGUCAACGCCGACUACGAGGCGCACUUUGCCCUCGUCCACUCCCGCUUCUCCACAAACACCUUUCCGUCCUGGGACCGCGCCCAGCCGCUGCGCUGGGCCGCCCACAAUGGCGAGAUCAACACCCUCCGCGGCAACAAGAACUGGAUGCGCGCCCGCGAGGGCGUCAUGCAGUCCGACGUCUUCCAGGAGGAGCUCGAGCAGCUCUACCCCGUCGUCGAGGACGGCGGCUCCGACUCGGCCGCCUUUGACAACGUGCUCGAGCUGCUCACCAUCAACGGCGUGCUCUCCCUGCCCGAGGCCGUCAUGCUCAUGGUGCCCGAGGCCUGGCAGGGCAACGAGCACAUGGACCCCAAGAAGGCCGCCUUUUACGAGUGGGCGGCCUGCCAGAUGGAGCCCUGGGACGGCCCCGCGCUCUUCACCUUUGCCGACGGCCGGUACUGCGGCGCCAACCUCGACCGCAACGGCCUGCGCCCCUGCCGCUUCUACGUCAUGGACGACGACCGCAUCAUCUGCGCCUCUGAGGUCGGCACAAUUCCCGUCGAGCCCGAGAGCGUCAUCCAAAAGGGCCGCCUGCAGCCCGGCCGCAUGCUGCUCGUCGACACCCAGGCCGGCCGCAUCAUUGACGACAAGGAGCUCAAGGAGGCCGUCGCCAGCCGCCACGACUUCCGCGCCUGGCUCGACCGCGAGCUCAUCACCCUGCCCAAGGUCCUCGAGGAGCUCGAGCCCAAGCUCGACCUCGCCGCCAGGCCCGAUGCCACGCUACUCCAGGAGGACCCCAUGCUGCUCUCCUACGGCUACACCCACGAGCAGGUCUCGCUGCUGCUCGCCCCCAUGGCCGCCGACGAGAAGGAGGCCCUCGGCUCCAUGGGCAACGACGCCCCGCUCGCGUGCCUGACCCAGUCGCCGCGCCUGCUCUACGACUACUUCCGCCAGCUCUUCGCCCAGGUCACGAACCCGCCCAUUGACCCCAUCCGCGAGUCCAUUGUCAUGUCGCUCGAAUGCUACGUCGGCCCCCAGGGCAACCUGCUCGAGAUGGACGCCUCCCAGUGCGGCCGCCUGCUGCUGCCGAGCCCCAUCCUCUCCAUCCCCGAGUUCAACGCGCUCAAGAACCUGUCCACGCUGCGCCCCGAGUGGACGGUGCGCACCAUUGACCUGACCUUCCCCAAGUCGGCCGGCGUCGAGGGCUACCUCGCGCACCUCGACGAGAUCUGCAACGAGGCGACGGCCGCCAUCGAGGCGCACGACCGCAUCAUUGUGCUCUCGGACCGCAACACGUCCAAGGACCGCGUCGCCGUGUCGGCCCUGCUGGCGUCGGGCAUGCUGCACCACCACCUCGUCAGCAACAAGUGGCGCUCCAUGGCCGCGCUCGUCGUCGAGACGGCCGAGGCGCGCGAGGUGCACCACAUGUGCGUGCUGCUCGGCUACGGCGCCGACGCCAUCAACCCGUACCUCGCCAUGGAGUGCAUCCUCAAGCUCAACCGCGAGAAGCUCAUCAAGAAGACGCUGUCCGACGACGCGCUCAUCCACAACUACAAGCACUCGUGCGACGGCGGCAUCCUCAAGGUCAUGAGCAAGAUGGGCAUCUCCACGCUCGCGUCGUACAAGGGCGCGCAGAUCUUCGAGACCCUCGGCCUCGACGAGACCAUUGUCGAGCGCUGCUUCCGCGGCACCGCCUCGCGCAUCCAGGGCCUUACCUUUGACUUGCUCGCCGAGGACGCGUUCCGCUUCCACGAGCGCGGCUUCCCCUCGCGCUACACGGUCGACAUCAAGGCGCUGCCUGAGUCGGGCGAGUACCACUGGCGCGACGGCGGCGAGCCGCACGUCAACGACCCCACGUCUAUUGCCAACAUCCAGGACGCCGUCCGGUCCAAGAACGACAAGUCGUACGAGGCCUACUCGCGCUCCGAGUAUGAGCAGAUCAAGAACUGCACCCUCCGCGGCCUGCUGGAUUUCAAGUUUGACGAGUGCACGCCUGUGCCGAUUGACCAGGUCGAGCCAUGGACCGAUAUUGUGCGCCGCUUCUGCACCGGUGCCAUGUCCUACGGCUCCAUCUCUAUGGAGGCCCACUCGACCCUGGCCGUCGCCAUGAACCGCCUCGGCGGCAAGUCCAACACGGGCGAGGGCGGAGAGGACCCGGAGCGCUCGGAGCGCCUGCCCAACGGCGACACGAUGCGCUCCGCCAUUAAGCAGGUCGCCUCGGGUCGUUUUGGUGUCACGUCUGCCUACCUGGCCGAUUCCGACGAGCUGCAGAUCAAGAUGGCGCAGGGUGCCAAGCCUGGCGAGGGUGGCGAGCUGCCCGGCCACAAGGUGUCCAAGUCCAUUGCCCGGACCCGGCACUCCACUCCCGGCGUGGGUCUCAUCUCCCCGCCGCCGCACCACGACAUUUACUCCAUCGAGGAUCUCAAGCAGCUCAUUUACGAUCUCAAGUGCUCCAGCCCUCGCUCUCGCGUUUCUGUCAAGCUUGUGUCGGAAGUCGGUGUUGGUAUUGUUGCCUCUGGUGUCGCCAAGGCCAAGGCCGACCACAUCCUCAUCUCCGGCCACGACGGCGGCACCGGCGCCUCGCGCUGGACGGGUAUCAAAUAUGCCGGUCUUCCCUGGGAACUCGGUCUUGCCGAGACUCACCAGACGCUUGUCCUCAACGAUCUCCGCGGCCGUGUCGUGGUGCAGACUGACGGUCAGCUCCGCACUGGUCGUGACAUCGCCAUUGCCUGUCUGCUGGGAGCGGAAGAAUGGGGCUUUGCUACAGCGCCCCUCAUCGCCAUGGGAUGUGUCUUUAUGAGGAAAUGUCAUUUGAACACGUGCCCUGUCGGUAUCGCCACCCAGGAUCCCGAACUCCGCGCCAAAUUCAAGGGCACCCCGGAGCACGUCAUCAAUUUCUUCUACUACCUCGCCAACGAGCUUCGUGCUAUCAUGGCUCAACUGGGCUUCCGAACCAUUAAUGAGAUGGUUGGCCACGUCGAGGUGCUCAGGAUGCGCGACGACCUGCGGACCAAGAAGACGGCCAACAUUGACCUGUCUCUCCUGCUGACCCCGGCCCACCAGCUGCGUCCCGGCGUGGCUACCUUCAACGUCCGCAAGCAGGACCACAAGCUCUACGUCCGCCUGGACAACAAGCUCAUCUCUGAGGCUGAGCUGACCCUGGACAAGGGCCUGCCAUCGCGCAUUGAGUGCGACAUUGUCAACACGGACCGCGCCAUGGGUACGUCACUCUCCUACCAGAUCUCGAAGCGCUACGGCGAGGCUGGUCUGCCCAUGGACACUGUCCACGUCAACAUCAAGGGCUCCGCUGGCCAGUCCUUUGGCGCGUUCCUCGCUCCUGGUGUCACGCUGGAGCUCGAGGGUGACGCCAACGACUACGUCGGCAAGGGUCUCUCCGGCGGCCGUCUCAUCAUCUACCCGCCCCGCUCCGCCAAGUUCAAGGCCGAAGAGAACAUCCUCAUCGGCAACGUCUGCUUGUACGGUGCCACUGCCGGCACCUGCUUCUUCCGUGGUGUCGCCGCCGAGCGAUUCGCUGUGCGCAACUCGGGUGCCACGGCCAUCGUCGAAGGUGUCGGCGACCACUGCUGCGAGUACAUGACGGGCGGUCGCGUCCUCAUCCUCGGCAGCACCGGCCGCAACUUUGCGGCCGGCAUGUCGGGCGGCAUCGCGUACAUCCUCGAUGUCAAGGGCGACUUCAUGAGCAAGCUCAACACGGAAAUGGUCGAGGCCGGCCCGCUCGAGGACACGACCGAGAUCGCCUACGUACGCGGCCUUAUCGAGGACCACCACCACUACACGGGCUCCGAGCUCGCGGCCCGCAUCCUCGUCGACUUCAACCGCGCCCUGCCGCGCUUCAUCAAGGUCCUGCCUGUCGACUACAAGCGCGUCCUCGAGGAGGAGGCGGCCAAGGCCAAGGAGGCCAAGCGCGCCGAGUACAACCUCCCCGCUGUCGCCGGCGUCCCCUCGCACCCUAAGAAGGAGGGCGAGAAGGCGGCCGCACUGCUCGACCUGGAAGAGGCCAUUGGCGACAACGCCGUCGAGAAGAAGCGCGCGCUGGUGCUGGACAAGACGCGCGGCUUCAUGAAGUACGCGCGCCGCACGGAAAAGUACCGUGCAGCCUCGGCGCGCACCAAGGACUGGGCCGAGAUCAGCGCGCGCCUCAACGAGGACGAGCUCAAGUACCAGUCGGCGCGCUGCAUGGACUGCGGCGUUCCGUUUUGCCAGUCGGAGACGGGCUGUCCCAUUUCCAACAUUAUCCCCAAGUGGAACGAGCUCGUCUUCCAGAACCAGUGGAAGGACGCCCUCAACCGUCUGCUCAUGACCAACAACUUCCCCGAGUUCACUGGCCGUGUCUGCCCGGCACCCUGCGAAGGUGCCUGCGUCCUGGGCAUCAACGAGGACCCCGUCGGCAUCAAGUCGAUCGAGUGCGCCAUCAUCGAUCGCGGGUUCGAAAAGGGCUGGAUGGUGCCGCGCAUUCCCGAGGUGCGCACCGGCAAGAAGGUGGCCAUCAUCGGUUCCGGCCCUGCCGGUCUCGCCGCCGCCGACCAGCUUAACCGCGCGGGCCACCUGGUGACCGUGUACGAGCGCGCCGACCGCCUCGGCGGCCUCCUCAUGUACGGCAUCCCCAACAUGAAGCUGGACAAGCGCAUCGUCAAGCGGCGCACCGACUUCAUGGCCGCCGAGGGCAUAAUCUUCAAGACAGGUGUCGCGAUUGGCGAAGACGGCCAACCCAGCCUCGCCUCGCUGCGCGCCGAAAACGACGCCGUCGUCAUCGCCACGGGCGCGACCGUCGCGCGCGACCUGCCCAUCAAGGGCCGCGAGCUCGAGGGUAUCCACUUCGCCAUGGAGUUUCUGCACAAAAACACCAAGUCGCUGCUCGACUCGGAGCUGGCGGACAACUCGUACAUUUCUGCCAAGGACAAGCACGUGGUGGUGAUUGGCGGGGGCGACACGGGCAACGACUGCAUCGGCACGUCGGUGCGGCACGGGGCCAAGUCGGUGACCAACUUUGAGCUGCUCCCGCAGCCGCCCGACGAGCGGGCGCACGACAACCCGUGGCCGCAGUGGCCGCGCAUCUACCGCGUCGACUACGGACACACCGAGGUGCGGCAGCACACGGGCAAGGACCCGCGCGAGUACUGCAUCAUGUCGGAGGAGUUUGCGGGCGACGGCAGCGGGCGGGUGACGGGCAUCAACACGAUCCGCGUCGAGUGGACCAAGUCGCCGAGCGGCGGGUGGGACAUGAAGAAGGUCGAGGGCUCGCAGCAGCUGUUCCCCGCGGACCUGGUGCUGCUCGCCAUGGGCUUCCUCGGGCCCGAGGCGCGCGUGCUCGGCGACGAGGUCGAAAAGGACGCCCGCAAGAACGUCAAGACGGCGCCGGGCAAGUACGCCACCAACCUCGACGGCGUCUUCGCCGCCGGCGACGCCCGUCGCGGACAGUCCCUCAUCGUCUGGGGCAUCAACGAGGGCCGCAUGGCCGCCCGCGAGGUCGACCUCUUCCUCGAGCACAACACAAACCUGCCCGUCACCGGCGGCCUGGUCAAGCGCAAGGCGACGGAGAUUCUGGGCCGUGUGGCCGCUGCGACCAAGGAAGUGGCUGCGUAG